CCAAAUAAGAAGCAGGACAGGUGAGGCAGACAGGAUCAUUCAGAGGAGUCAGACUGAACUUUUAAUAGAAACAACCAAGCUUAGAGGUGUAAGGAGAAAUUAUUGUUGCGAAGCUGCAGUUGCAGAUAAACACAGGCCUAACACUCAGUCAUAAAACAACAGGUGGAGUGUGAACAUCCUCCUAACAAACUUGGAGUGGACAAAGACUGGACCAAAUUUAAAUCUUCAGUUUAAGAACCAAGGCAUCCCUGCUUUGUCAGUUUGAGAUAGUUCAGUUGAAAGAUCAAUCUGAGGGGGAUUUUGAGAAACCUUUGGGAGUUUUUCAAUAGUGGAGGUUGAAGUGUCAGUGUCAGAAUGUGUUCAGGUGGCUUUGCCAAGUGUCUGGGGAUCAGCCUGAUGCCUCUGUCGAUCGUGUGUGUGCUGUGUAACAUCCUGCUCUUCUUCCCCGGGGGAAAGACUGUGGACUCUGGACAAAUCACAGACCAAGUCUGGUACUUUGGAGGCAUUCUGGGAUCUGGAGUGCUGAUGAUCUUCCCGGCUCUGGUUUUUCUGGGUCUGAAGAACAACGACUGCUGCGGUUGCUGUGGCAAUGAAAGCUGUGGGCGGAGAUUUGCGAUGCUGAGUUCCAUACUGUUUGCCGCUGUGGGUGUUGUGGGGGCUGGUUACUCAGUUAUAGUUUCUGCUGUGGCCAUAAACCAUGGACCCAAGUGUGUGACUAACAUCAAUGGCACUGACAAGGAGUGGGGCACUCCUUUCUCAAAUGGUGACUACCUGUCAAACAAAACUGCCUGGACGAUUGGAUGUUUAGAGCCGGACGGUGUGGUGUCCUGGCAUCUGUCUCUGUUCUCUGUGCUGCUGGUGAUGGGUUUGAUCCAGAUAGUGCUGUGUGCUGUGCAAGUGGUCAACGGCCUGCUGGGAUGUCUGUGUGGGGACUGCUGCGGAGGGAGUGACGGAGCCGUCUGAGCACUUCCUGCAGCUGUGAGAGUCUGCAGGCAGCCGUUUCCUGUAUUUAUUCUGAUGUCUGAGGGUAACAGUAGUUUCUCGCUUCAUGCUAUACAGCUAUAUGUUUUUGCAUAAGAGCUCAUUGAUUACAUUGUGUGUACUGUCUGACAACAAUGGUGAAAUGACAGAGCUCAAACCGAAAGGCUUUUUUAUUUACUCUCCUGUAAACACCAAUAGCAACAUCUUCUCAGGUUUAAAUCUUAAUGUGCAUUUUCAGCUCUGUAGUUUCCAACACUGUAGUUAAUGAUUUUCCUCCUGAUACAUACAGUAUGUAUCUGUUUUUACCCAUUUAGCCAAAUCAGUAAUGGAAGAUUCUGUUUUUGAUAUAUCAGUGAAAGGCGGAUGGUACCAAGAGACAGGAUAGGACCUUGUUAUUGCUUAUAUAUAAGCAAUAUUUUAUAUUUUCAUAUUUUCUUUGUCAAAGGGAGCAACCUGUUGGAAAAUACAUUCUAAGAGGUUCUUUUGAGCUAUUUCUAUUGCACUACAGCCCCCUGCUGGGCAUUUUGACGUCAUAAACACAAGUCCAAUGAGGGUUGAAAGGGUGUAAAGGGAGACCUUAACACCAUCAACAAAAUCUACAUUUUACAUUUUUUACAGGACAAAGGUUAUUAGAAUCAAAAGAUGAAAAAAAAAGAAAUGAAUCAAAACAAAAUGAUUUUAUUCUAAAUUGCUGUUGCACAUUAACACAAUUUGUUGUUAUUAAAGAUAAAUGUGGUGUGAUGUCUCUCCAUAAAACCUUGUUGCCUCAGUCACGGGUGUUAAAGAUUAUGUUGUUUGUAUCAAGUUGUGCCAAAAGAAAUUAUUUAAUACACCUUUAAGCAUGGAUGUAGUCUCUGUCUUUGGGCUUUUUUCCAAUUCUCCUUUGUACACAUUUACUCAUGUGGGCCUUCUCAUGAGGCAUUAACUUGUCUGGUGUGUUAUUA